CUUCACACUCACAAUUACUCCUCUCUCUCACAUUUGGGGCAAAACCAUUAAUAAAGGGAAUCAAAAAUGACAAUUAGGGCUUCUCUGAUCCUCGCGCUGCUCGUUUUCUCGUCGUCACUUCUGCAAGUUGCAAGAUGUGAGCCAGACAUUGAUAAUGAUGUUGAUUCGGCGGAGGAAGGUGGGGAUCUCGGGAUUGUUAAUGAGGAUGUCCAAGAUUUUGGUACUGGAAGUUUUAGUCCAGCUCCAGAGGUGGAAACUGUUUGUGUUUUCCCUAAGAAUCCCUCAAAAGCUGUUGUAGCUGGGGAAGAAAGUGAACUUCUUGCUGGGAUUAAAAAUGAUGGGGAAUCAACUAUUAAUGUCAUUGCCAUUCAGGCUAGUGUUCAUCUCCCUUACCAGCAUCAGUACUUGCUCCAGAAUCUUUCCACACAGACUUUUAACAACGCAUCGGUUCCUCCAUCAGUUCAAGCAACUUACCCCUAUAUGUUUGCCGUAAGCAAGUUCUUGCAAUCUGGUGAGUAUGAUCUUGUGGCAACUAUUGUUUAUGAGAUCAACCAACAGCUUUACCAGAGUGCAUUCUACAAUGGGACAAUUGAAGUGAGUGAGCCAGGCGGCAUAUUCAGUGUUGAAUCAGUGUUGUUGUUUAGCCUUGGAAUUGCCCUCCUUGGAUUUCUUGGAUUUUGGAUACGUGGCCAAAUUCAAAAUCUCUCCAAGAAAACUAAGAGGGCACCAAAGGUUGAAGUUGGAACUGGAACAACUGAUGCCUCGAGGGAUGAGUGGUUGGAGGGAACUGCUUAUGCUCAAUCUAACUCGAACAAGUCGAAGAAGAAGAAGUAGAUGUGCACUUCCAACGAGUCCAGUAUAGGUGGCAUAUACACACCAGAGGGAGGUGUGCAGCAGCGUUUUGGAGAGACGGGCUCAAGUUUACAAGGAAGGCGAGGGACAGUUUAUGUUUUUCUCUUUGUUAAAUGCCAAACCAACUGAGUUGACUUUGCGAAGCAGGAUUUUUUUGUAAAAUUAUGAGAUUUUGUUAGACUAUGGUUAUUCUGUUUGUUGUUUUCUUGAAAUUUUAUACGCCAUCUGCUAAAUCAA